UGAAGGCACAUCGCUGCCAGAUGUACCUGGCCUAACUGUAGCCGAUGUGAUCGAUGUUCAUAAACAAUCUAUGGCAUUUCCCUCAGGAUCAGCGGAAGGACAACGUGAGGGCGGCGACAUGGAACAAAUUUUAGGUGUCGUACUUCUGUUGUGCGUAGCGGGAACAUCUCGCAGCACGCACGAGGACGUCCACUUCAUAUCCACCAACAACGAGAUUCUGACAGCCUUCACUUUGGCCACUCUCAACAGACCUCAGGAGUACUGGCUCUCGUCUCUCGAGGAGUUCAACAAAACGCGCGCCGAUUACCUCGACCGUGGUAAUGAUACCUGGGAGACUUAUCCGGAUUAUGACAACAUGUUGCAAAGGGAGUCCGCCGCCGCCGCACCGCAGAAAACAAGGAAUCUCCAGCUAUCAGUGGAUGGUGAUAUAGCCACAGAGAUCGAACUGAAGUUCUUCAUUCCGUUGCUCCAAGUGUAUGAGAGUACAAUCUUCAGGUUCGAGUUCCCAGUAACUUACAGCAUCCCCUUAAAGUUCCUCAUGCAGAAGAUAGCAGCCAAGUCACGAUCGCACAAGAAACCGAUCUACUCUCCAGCAAUGGAACACAUCGAAGACUUGGUAUCCAUGUUGGGCGUAGAUGGGAAGGAGUGUGUGAAGAGAGCAGUGUGCGAAAUGGCCGCUGCGCCAUCCCCGAUUCUACGCGGCUUUGUAGGCGAAGUGGUCCAGAUUGUAAUGAGACGAAUCACCAUCGACAGCCUUGCCGUCGAAGACAACGAAACUGAAGACCCUGAGCAAACCUCUGUGUCGAGGGGGGAGUACAUGAGAGCUGGGGAAUACGGCAAAAAACACGGAGACUGCUCGAACGCUUUCCCAGAGUGCCCAAUUUCUAUUUUCAAUAUGAUGAACAGCUUAUGAGGUAGUCAUUCAAUGGGGAAGGGAGUCCAAAUGUUUAUAUAUUCAUCACUGAUUUUUUUUUUUAAGAAAUACCGCAGGACACAGACAUGUGACUAUGCAUGAUAUACGUAGACGCAAAUGUUCCAGAUUCUGACUGGAGAAUAGUCGCUAUUGGAUAUAUCUCGGUCACUGAAAGAGAGCUGUGCAUGACACUCCAUACAGUAGACAUUGUUACACAGGUUCGGUUCCUGACCUUGCAGUCAUUUAAGAUCGCACCCUAGUUACACCUCUGCCUUCAUUGUACUAUUUCCUGCAGACUGCGAAGGGGUCUCACUUACAUAGGGAACUAGGAAAUUUUGGCGUUCAACUUCGGCGUUGCGAAUGUUUUUGUAUCGAAGUGCGAACAUGAAAGUCUUCCUUCGUUAAAUGACAAAUUUACGUACAUGAAAUACCAAUUUAAUGUCAUAAAUCGUAAGAUGCGGAAAAUAUUUAGUGAAUAUGAGCGACCCAGUCUAUUGCGAUAGCUAUGAAUAUUUUACACACAGCGACUCUCUUUCUCUUCACAGUACGUCAGCUCUACUGUAUUAUCUACAAGCAUCUUCCUUUCCUAUCUCUCUUAAGGGCAUGUAUAACGUGUAUUUAUUUUGUGUGAAUGUGUAUUUAUUUAUUUUUGUGCGAGUGGUAAGUAUUAAGUAAAAUGUCGAUGGGCAUUACCAGGCAUUGUUUAUCUUUUGGUCUCUAACUUAUUCCAUCUGUCAUUAAACAAAACAGAUCACUUAAAAUGUUCAUCUUAUCAUAAUAAACUUUGUUCUUUAUGUUAAUUCUAUGUGAAGUAGUGUCUUAUUUAAUGUAUUGCAAAUUAAAACGA